CUUAAUUGAGAUCACUCACAGAACAUAAAGUUUAUGCUUAGCACAUGCAUAAAUUUAUGCUUAGCAUAUUCAUAAAUUUUCAAAAGAUGGUCUUUUUGUGAGGGUCCCCAGGGCGGCUUAGCAGUCACACAGCUCCACUUUAAGGUACAUUAUUAGGGGCCAAGCAAGGUAAAUCAGAGCAGACCACACUGAUCACUCAGUCUGAGUUUUUGCUCAGUCCAUGCUACUUUGUCCACUACGUUGUGCCUUUAGUGCCGGAUUCUCUGGAAGAACAGUCCCUCGGAGCUAGAGGGUGGGCGCUUGGAACAAGGGCGGAGUCCUCUCACUCACUCACAUACACAAUACCGAUCCUGCGGAAAGAAAAACUACACCUCCCAGGCAGCCGUGCAUGCGCUAUCUGGAGGAGGGAGUGGUGCUCCGGCGGGAUUCAUCCCGGUUCAGUUUCCGUAGGGACGUGUUUGCGGCAGCUGCCAUGCCUCUAUUGUGUCUCCUCCCUCCUGCCUCUCUGGAUGCUGCCUGUAGAGUGUGAGGCUACAUUAACAACAAGGUGUUAACCCUUGAGGGCUCAGCAGACAGCUAGAGCGAGGAAGAGUCCGCAGGAGAUGCCAGCUCACCAAACAGAAGAGAGAUCCUCCGGCAGCCCCAAGCCAUUCCCUGGGAAAUACCCAUGUGAAAUCAACACGGUUGCGUAGGAAAGCGUGUGCAGAUCCCAGACAAUCCUCUCUGAACAGUGACUGCAGGGAGAUUUGGGGAAAGGGGAGCAGCUGCUGACGUGUGAGCAAGAAACAAAAGGGGGCUCAGUAGGAGCCGAAACAGGACGUUGUCCCGGAGCGAGGAAGCCUGUUUUAAAUUAGAGUGCAACCAGGCAGCCUGCCCCUUCCUUCUGUGAUAUACAAAUCAAAGCUGGUAUCCUCAGCAGACAACGACAAGGAUCUCUGUCGUUUUAGGAGAACAUGGGGCACCCUGCUUUAGAGUUCAGCGACUGCUACCUGGACAGUCCAGAUUUUCGAGACAGGCUGAAAUGUUAUGAGCAGGAGCUGGAGAGAACCAACAAAUUCAUAAAGGAUGUGAUUAAAGAUGGGAACGCACUUAUCAGUGCUAUAAAAAGUUACUCUUUUGCCGUGCAGAAAUUCUCUCAGACUCUACAGUCCUUUCAGUUUGACUUUAUUGGGGACACACUAACCGAUGACGAGAUUAAUAUUGCUGAAUCCUUUAAGGAAUUUGCAGAGUUGCUCCAGGAGGUAGAACUUGAGAGAUCGAUGAUGGUCCAAAAUGCUAGUGAUUUGUUGAUCAAACCACUGGAAAAUUUUCGUAAGGAACAAAUAGGCUUCACCAAGGAAAGAAAGAAAAAGUUUGAGAAGGACGGUGAGAAGUUUUAUUCCAUGCUGGAUCGCCAUUUGCACUUAUCGUCUAAGAAGAAAGAGUCCCAGUUACAGGAGGCUGACUUACAGGUUAAUAAAGAGAGACACAAUUUCUUUGAGUCGUCCCUGGAGUAUGUGUACCAGAUCCAGGAAGUGCAGGAGAGCAAGAAGUUCAGUAUCGUGGAGCCAGUGCUGGCCUUUCUUCACAGCCUCUUUACAUACAACAACCUGACAGUCGAACUUACACAGGACUUCCUCCCUUAUAAACAGCAGCUUCAGCUCAGCCUACAGAAUACGAGGAAUCACUUUUCCAGCACACGAGAGGAGUUGGAAGACCUGAAGAAAAGGAUGAAAGAAGCUCCUCUGACCUGCAAGCUACCCGGGAAGCCAACCAUAGAGGGUUAUCUGUACACUCAGGAGAAAUGGGCACUGGGCAUAUCUUGGGUGAAAUAUUAUUGCCAAUAUGAGAAGGAGUCAAAGAUGCUAAGGAUGACUCCAGUGGAGCAGAAGUCUGGAGCUAAGCAAGGCACUUCAGACUUGACACUGAAGUCCUGCGUAAGGAGAAAGACUGAUUCUAUAGACAAGAGGUUUUGUUUUGAUAUUGAGACAAAUGAAAGGGCUGGGACUAUCACAUUGCAAGCACUUUCAGAAGCUAAUAGACGGCUAUGGAUGGAGGCCAUGGAUGGAAAGGAGCCAAUCUACCACAGUCCCAUCACAAAACAGGAAGAAAUGGAGCUGAAUGAGGUUGGCUUCAAGUUUGUAAGGAAAUGCAUCAAUGCAGUAGAGACCAAAGGGAUCACUACCGAGGGAGUGUACCGAACGGUUGGCAGCAAUAUCCAGGUGCAGAAGUUGCUGAAUGCCUUCUUUGAUCCAAAAUGUCCAGGGGAUGUAGAUCUCCAAAACAGUGACUGGGACAUCAAGACAAUUACCAGCUCAUUGAAAUUCUACCUCAGGAACCUGGCUGAACCUGUCAUGACCUACAGACUCCAUAAAGAGCUGGUCUCGGCUGCGAAGUCUGAGAACCUGGAUUACAGGCUGGGAGCCAUUCACUCUUUGGUUUAUAAACUACCUGAGAAGAAUAGAGAGAUGCUGGAACUCCUCAUACGACACCUGGUCAACGUGUGUGAGCACAGCAGGGAGAAUCUGAUGUCCCCAUCCAACAUGGGGGUUAUAUUCGGCCCCACUCUUAUGCGGGCACAGGAGGACACGGUCGCUGCCAUGAUGAAUAUUAAGUUCCAAAACAUUGUGGUUGAGAUCCUCAUCGAGCACUUUGACAAGAUCUACUCCAGCCCACCUGAGGACAGUGCUGCCCCCCCAGUGCCUCCUCCCAGGGUAGCUGCCCGAAGGCACAAACCCAUCACAAUUUCCAAGCGCCCGCUGAGGGAAAGACCUGUCUUUUAUGGUGGUUCCCUGGAAGAAAAUCAAGGUGACAGCCAUGACCAGACUCCUAAUGGCACCGUCAUCCCUAAUAGCACAGAAGCCCCCAAGCCACUACAUCGCAGCAGACUGCCUACACAGAGAGCAGGGGAGGCUGAGCCUCCAAGGCCUGGCUCAGAGAGCAAGCAUGAACAGUACUCUGAAGUGGUGGUAGGAAAGCUGGUGUCCAAGCUGCAGGAUGGGGGAGCUAAGCUCGCCAACAAGGCUGCAAACGGAGUGGUGACUGGAACCACUGCUCUAAAGACCACCGUUCUCCAUGCUAAGAGGCCUACUCUGAGGCCCAUGAUAUACAGCAAGGAGGGUGAAUACGACACCUUCACUAAAGCCCGAUCUCCUGGAGAUAAGCCAGUGAUAACACGGCCCCCAGUGAGACCUCCAGACCCUCCGUGCAGAGCUCCUCCAUCUCAAAAGCUGGAGCAGAAGCCUGAGCCGAUAGCAGGAGGAGCGGAGGAAAUGCCUUCAUCUGUAGUGGCCUCCAGAACAAAGUUCUUCGAGACAGCUUCCCGGAGGACAAGCAGCUCCUCAUCACCACAAGGCAGACUCCCGAGUGAUGAGAGCUGAGGCUAAAGGCUUUUAUCCGCCUAACCCUGGCUGGCUCCAGGAGAUUUUCCCUGCUUCUGAAAUGGACUCCCCUGCUCCCCAGACUGUUUCAAUCUGUGUGAUGUGAUCCUGGAGUGCAGCUAUCCUGUUGGACACUGCCUGUGGAGCAUACCAUUGUGAAUAGCUCGUGCGGUUUCAAGAGAAGGGGAUGACAUAGGGGGAAGACCCAGGCCUUGUCCCUGUUAAAUUAAAUGUUUGUUUUGGGCCAUUUUGCCACAGCUCCCCUAGCUCCUGCCUUGGGCAGCAUGUAAAGGACGCUUGUCAUGUCUAAGGAGGGUGAUAAACCGUGAGUCUGACAGAGUGGUGAGAGCAGACCUAAUCUACAGAACUGAGCGGAGGGCAGGCCAUGGAAGGAAUAGGAACGAGCACUUAAAGCAAUCUGCCCUCCAACCCUUUGGAAAUUCCACUCUGGAAAGACAUUGACCGUGGAUGGACGUGCAGUCAAAAUGCAAGCGACCAAUACCCAGAGCUUGGGUACCUGGGUGUGACGAGCUGACAUCCGAAUCAGACCUUUUUGCUGUUGGAAACUUCUUGCCAUUGACAUGUUGUUUUAAAAAAAAAAACUGUUUUGAGUGCUAAGUAAACCAUGUUGCGUUGUUUCAGUGGUUAAGGCAUCAGUGUGCAUUACGAGAAAACUCUGUUAACCAUAUGGGUCCAUAUCCUGGUUCCACGGCAAGCCAGUGUUCAGCCCAGCAUACAUAUAGCUGUGCAAUGUCCAGUCUUCCUGCCUUCCCCCCCAGACCUAAGGCAGCACCUUGCCCAUUUCUGAUCUUCCUUCCAUGCUGCAAGUGGCCCCAAGCCGUUCCCAGGAGCCAGUGGUUCUGUUAGUCAGGUGCCUUUUGUGGAGCUGCUCCCUGAUUUCCCAUUGCUUGGAAGAAAAGGUUACAGGUUGUUACAAACACCCUUCCAUAAAGUUAGUGGGUGUGAAACCAAAGCAAACCUCCACGCCGUGUAGUCCAGCUGGGCCUAGUGCACAAAUACUGACUUGCCAAAGGCCCACUGCAGCGUGUGCAGUUCGCUGAUGCUUUCAGAGCUGUCUUUGUCGCCUGUCUCUGUGCAGUUAAUGUGAAAUCCUGCUUCAUUAAUGAAUGUACUUCUGUUUUUUGCGGGAAAUGACAGUGGUGUGUGAAUGGUGUGCCUGUUCCCUUAGACUGCAGUCCUGUGCUCACAGCUGGCAAUCCCAGAGGUGGGCUUGUAGCAGUGGCAGAUAAAGGUGGCUUUUACAUCAUGCACGUAAGCGUCUCUGGGCUUUCAGAGUGUGUGAUCAGCCAGUCCAGAUCCCCCAUGACACACUUUUGUGAUUAGAAGAAAAUAACUAUCAACAUUAAAAAAAGUAACCGUCUCUUUAGGUGCGGUUGUUAAAAAUGCACAAAGAUAAGGUGGCUCAACUGCAAGUGUGGAUAAUGGAAACUGAGAGCUAGUGGUACAGUGCUUUCACCUGUAUCAGAAUUACACUAAUCUUGUGAGGAAUCUUCUCCAGAGUCUAUGGACCAAUUUCAUCUGGUAUCAGUGGAGCUGAACCUUUUUAAUGCAGGUCUUUUUAAUCCAAGGACGGAGGACACAAAACCGCCAUUCUGCCACCGAGAAUUUAGCCACCAUUUUGGCCACAACUCUCAAAAGAGAGAGAGAGAGAGAGUGUGUGUGUGUGAGAGAGAGAGAUCAGACAAUAUUUCCAAACAUGCCCUCUAAUUUUGGGUGCCCAGUUUUGAGACACCAGCGGCCAAAAUUCCUGAAGUCAAACAGAGCUGCAAAUGCUCAGCAGCAUUAAAACCCAGCCCCCAAGUAUCUAAAUAUUAGUCACUCAGAACGAGAGCCGCCCAGAAUCUGAGGCCCUUUUGAAAUGUACUCUUAAUCAUUUUUCCUAGCGCUGCAACUGUACAGAUCAAUCUUCUGUAUGCAGAAGGAAAUAAAGAAACAGA